UGGAUUCACUCCUGGCAAAUCCACAACAGACCAUAUACUAACGUCAUCGUGAGUUGCUUGCAGCCUGCAUCGCUCUCAAGGCGUUUGACACCGGUGCAUCGAGAAUCGCUAUGGGAAAAUACGAGACCUAGGGGAAUUCCAACAUGGAUUAUUGGCCUAACAGCAAGCCUAUAUACCGGUACUGAAAGUACUGCAAAGUGUGGUGGGGGCAUGUGCUGGAUGUCUUGCAUUUUCCAUGUUUUUUCCAGUAACGCUACCUUAGUGACUGGAACACCAUCCAAUGGGAUGAAAUACUAAAUAUUAGCCCCAAGUAUAUUGUAAGCCAAAUUCAUAUGGCUCUAAAAGUUCAGUUUCAUGACCAUAUAUCAUCCCAUUAUGGUCAGACCUUCAAAUUUCUUAGGUGUACAAGUAGAACCAUGUUCGGGCUUAUUUACUACCUCCUUAUACAAGAACUUUG